UAUAAAUCAUCCUACAACUCUUUCCCUUCUCUUUCAUAUUCCUCUCCUCCAAUCCCAAAUAUAUUGCUUUCUUUUUGUUGUUCAUGCAAGCUUUCUCUUUCAUUUACAUCCCCCACAUCCCUAUUUGAUCUCAGAAAAUUCUCCAAAAGAAAAAAGGGUUUUUUUUUCCUCACCUUUUUUUUUUUCAUUUUAGCUCCCCUGUUUUUCCUCUGUUUUCUCUUCUUUUUUCCUUCUGGUGGGUAAAAAAAAAUGUUCUCAAGUGUAUGUCAAGGUUUGCAAUUAUGCCUCGAGCCAAGGAUCGUUGAAUCACAUUUUUUGAGGCUGAAACUGGCUCCACCAACUAGUUUUCAAGACUCCAUUGAAACUCCCACGCCCUGUUUCACUAACCCUUCCGAACCCGAACCCAUUUCAUACCACAAUGAUUAUGAUGACACCGACAUUAACAUUACCGACGGUAACAACAACAGCGACAAUAUAAGCAAGCAAAAUGCUGAUAUGGGUGUGUGGAGUUUCCUUCAAUCCCUCGCCGGUCCCAAAGAUUCUACGGAGAAUAACGAAGUUUACGUGCACCCUCUCGUUAAAAGUUCAGCUUCUGCCCUAAGUAAAAAAAGCCUUGAAAUGUGCACCGAAAGCUUAGGCAGUGAGACCGGAAGCGAUAUCAGCGACGACAUUACCUUUGGGUGCUGCAGUCCAUCGAAACAUAGGGAAAAUUCGGUGACGAGACGAAUGAGUUAUAGUAGGAGCUUUCCACCGCCUUUGACAUCCAUUAGCGGUUCAAAUAUGAGUUAUAAUCCGUUAAAAACAAGGGAAAAUUUGGUGAUGAAAAGGAUGAAUCGUAGCAGCAGCAGCAGCUUUCCGCCUCCUUUGACGUCCAUUAGCGGUUCGAAUGGCGUCCAAGUCACGUCUCACCGCGAAGGCGGCCGGUUAGUACUUCAAGCCGUUAAUGUCCCUUCUUGUCAAACGUACUUCCAUGUAGAACGAAGUGAGGGCAGGCUUAGGCUUUGCCUUUUGAAAGAAACAACCGCUAAUACCCCAAUUUUCGAUGACAAAGAAGAAGAAGAAGAACGAGAUGAGGUAGCCGAAGAAGAUGAAGUUGUAGAAGAAGAUGAAGUACUUUAUGGAGAAAAUGGUGUUGUACAGGAUGAAAAUGAUGUUGUAGAAGAUGAAGUACUUUGUGAAGAAAAUGAUAUUUUAGAAGAUAUAGAUUAUGAAGAAAAUGGUGUUGUAGAAGAUGAAGUUGAAGGAGAAAAGUGUUAUUGGGGAGGUGAGGACUUGGAUGAAAAGAAUGGGAAAAUUGGGGAUCAAAUUGGAAAUGGGAAAUUGGCAAGGCUAAUAAGCUGCAAAGGAAAUGGGUGUGGGCACACAGGGUUACUUGAUUGGGAGCCAUACUUGGUGGCUACUUAAAAAUAUUUCUCAACCCUAACAAAGAGAAUUACUAGCAUUGGAUGUCACUAAUUUUUUUUCUUUCCAUUUUUCUAAUUUUUAGCUAUAAAAAGUUUGAGAUUACCAAUAA